AUAGGGAUGCAGUUUAUAUGGAUAUAGAUUCUUUUAUAGAAGUAUCCGGCGAACUAGUAGAUAAAGUUUUUGGUCUAAGCUAUUAUGAAAAUUUAUGUGCCUUAGGAAAAAUAUUAAAAUAUUUAUUUAGGAAUGUUUACAAUAAACCAAAACGAGUACCACAAGGAGUAGUAAGAGUAAAAUCAGAUUUUGUUUUUUCAGGAAAAUUAUUUGUAGCAGCAUGUAAUGAUAAAUUAUUGGUCCCGAAUAUUAUAAUGUCAUUAUAUGCAAAUCAUGAAUUAAUACCUCAACCAUGGCAAAUAUUAAUAUGUACACCAUCAACUACCAUGGAAGAACUUUCAAUUUUCACCAAACGAUGUUUCUUUGCGGCAAAAAAUAGAUAUGAUGAUUACUUAUUUUGUAUUGCUAAUUUGGAAUUGGUCGAUUUUGAAUUACAGUAUCAACUUGUUAACAUUAUUAAAUCAAUGAGUGAAGAAUAUGAUAAAUAUUUAUUAGCCCUUAUAUGUUGCCGAGAACCCGGUGUUCAUCAUCAUAUAUUGGAUCAAUUCUCACAAGAUGUUCAUACAACUAAUGGACUUGACAUGAAAUCUAUGAAAAAAAUAUAUAAAGAACUAUGCCCCGAAAUAUUUUGUGUGAUCUCAGAAUUGUCUGGUUUAGGAAAAACUGAAUGGAUUAAAAAUAAAAGUUAUGAAUUAAAGAAAGCACCAACUAGCUUUUUAAUUAACGACGACGUUGAUUUUAGAGCAUUGGUUAAACAGUUUAAAGAAUUUAAAAUUCAACCAUUUGAAAGUUUACAUUUGAAUAUAGUAUCAUCUAAUAAUCCUCGGGACGUUAAUAUGUUUAUAUUUGAACUAUUAACUUUAAGAAUGGUUGUAAAUAGUAUCGAUAUAGCUCAUUUGCUCAAUACAACUAUAUUCAUUGAAGUUGCAUCAACGGUUGAUCAUUAUCUGUUGAAAUCUAUACCUAUAGUUCAAUGCCUUGAAACUACUAAUUUGGUAUGGGACAUUAGAAAUCUAAAGGCGUCCAAUGAAAUAUAUAGUCCUAUUCAGAUCGUUUGUCAUUAUUUAAGUGCUUAUGAGAGAACCAUUGAUACUAAAAAUCUUUUACUUCAAUCAACUGGACCUGAUGCUAUUAAACCUUUAUCAGAAGAAGUAUGUCAAGAUCUUAUAAAUAAAUAUUUAUUCGAUAAUGGCACUGGUAAACAGGAUAUUACAUCAUUCAGAUUCAUUGAGGCAUUUAUUAACGUAUUUGCUGAUCAAUUGGUUCGAUUUUCAUCGAACGUUUCUAAAGAUUUUGCUACAUUAUCAGUUAAAACAAAAGCUGCUCAAUUGGAAUCAACAACUACGUCAACGACUCCAUCAAAUAAUGAUAAAUUGGCAACCAUAGUUAGUUGGGAUGAUUCAAAUCAUCUUUUGGUGUUUUUCUUGUCACAAAUGCCAGAUUCUAUUUGUGCCUUAUAUCGUGAUGAGAAGAGAGUUCCUGAAAAUGUUAAAAGAUUAUUAAAAAGUCAACAUACUGAUAGAGAUAAAAGAUUUCAAUUGGAAAAUUAUAAUACCAUGGAUACAAAACAAUUACUGGAAAAAUUAGAAUGUUUGGCGAGAAAAACUAUGCAUAAGAUUAAGUAUCCUCGAUAUGCAUUAUCAGCAGAUAAUCUAAUCAAGAUGGCUUUAAUUUUAUUAAGGGCUCGUGCUAGCAUUCCGGUGAUCGUCUGUGGUGAAGCAGGGUGUGGAAAGACAAGCUUAAUUGGUUUUCUAUCACAAGUAGUUGAGGUUAAGUUCAGAUCGUUAAACUUACAUGCUGGGGUGACUGAAGAAAACAUUUUGUCUUUCAUGGCAGAAGCUCAAAAAGUCGCAGAUACUUCUGAACUAUGGUUAUUCUUUGAUGAAAUAAAUACAUGCAAUCAUAUAGGUCUCCUUGCAGAUUUAAUAGCUCACAGAAUGCUAAAUGGUCGCCAAAUACAUCCCAAUAUCAAAUUAUUCGCAGCAUGUAAUCCAUAUCGUAUACGUACAAAGGAUCAAAGUAAUGUUGGGCUGUCUACAACGGCUAAGAAAAAAGAAAUUAGAUAUGAGGAACGUAGCAAUCUAGUUUAUCAAGUUAAACCGUUGCCUGAUCAAAUCCUCGAUUAUGUUUGGGAUUAUGGUGUUCUCCAAGAAAAAGAAGAGGAAAGAUAUAUUCAAACCAUGGUCGCUGAAGCAUUAGAAAAUGAAUUUUCAAACAUAGACACAUUUUCUAAAUUAAUAUUCAAAUCUCAAGUAUUUAUUCGAGAGGAAGAAGAACCCUAUAGCGUUAGUCUUCGAGAUGUUAAACGGGCAAUCACUUUGGUAAAAUUCUUUAAGGAAAGUUUCACAAAAAGACCACAACAAAAUGAACAAAACAAAUACCCUUCAGAUGAUGAUGGGAUUAACAUUUCACUUAGGUGUUAUGUACUAGCAUUAGGGCUUUGUUACCAGUGCAGAUUAUAUGAUCAAACCAUCAGAAAAAAAUAUCGUAAUGAAAUGGCAAAAACUAUUAGUGAUGACAUGAGUAAGGGUAAAAGAAGAAAAUUUGAAUUUAGUGAAGAAACCUUUAGUCGUAUUAUUAGACAAGAACAGGAAGAUUAUAUAAAUAGAAUGACCUGUCCUCCUAAUACUGCAAAAAACGAAGCACUCUUGGAAAAUGUUUUGGUUAUGAUUAUUUGUAUUCUCACCAAAAUUCCUGUAUUUAUCAUUGGAGCUCCAGGGUCAUCAAAAUCUUUAGCAGUCAGGCUUGUAAGUCAAAACCUAAAAGGAUUUGAUUCCGAAGAUGAGUACUUUCAAAAAUUACCACAGGUCUACCUUAUUCCACAUCAAGGUUCUUCAUCAUCGACAUCAGAUGGUAUUUUAAAAGUAUUCGAUAAAGCCAAUAAUUAUCAAAAAACAACCUCUAAAGAAUUUCCUGUAAUAAGCGUUGUCUUGCUGGAUGAAGUUGGCUUGGCCGAAACAAGCCCAUUUAAUCCAUUAAAGGUCCUUCACUAUUUGCUCGAGCCACCCUAUGGAUCCGAUAGUCAAACUGUUUCAGUGAUUGGAAUAUCUAAUUGGAGAUUGGAUAAUAGCAAAAGUAGCAGAGCUUUGCCUAAAUUUGAUCGUAACGACCUAGUUGACACUGCAAUCCGUUUACUAAGUCCUAAAAUAGAAACAAAUGAAAUUCAAACUAACAUAUCAAAAGUCUCUUUGGAACCACUUGCCGAUGCGUACUCCACUUAUGAACAAACCGGUCAACAAUUCGCAAAUUUCCAUGGCCUACGUGACUAUUAUGCUCUUGUAAAAUCCCUCUCAACAGCUGAACUUACACCAAAAA